GCUCUGCAAUUCCAUUGAAUGAAGGAACGAUUUUGAACAAACUGAAACACUCCAAGUUUGGAUUUUUGUAACAGCUUCGAGACAGGAUUUUUAGCUUCAAGAUUGGAUUUUAAGAUGAAGGCUGACGAGCUGAGGAUCUCGACGUUCGUUCCGCCGUUUUUCAGAUGCCCGAUUUCUCUAGAAGUGAUGAGAGACCCGGUGAGUCUGUGCACAGGAGUAACGUACGAUCGAGCGAACAUUGAGAAAUGGCUGGACUUGGGCAAAAACGUGUGCCCUGCCACCAUGGAGCCACUACAAAACCUGGAGAUCGUCCCCAAUCACACCUUACGAAGGCUUAUUCAAGAAUGGUGCGUCUCCAAGGGCCUCGACAGGAUUCCCACACCCAAAUCCCCUGCUAAUCCUUCUAAACUGAAUCGGAUGCUCCAAGACAUGAGCACCGAAUCAGACAACAACAGGGCUCUGGAGACCUUGGCGACUCUCAAGACUCUGGCCAAAUCCAGUCCAAGAAACAGAAAAUGCAUGCUCUCUGUGGGGAUUCUCCGGCCCUUGGCGCAGCUCAUAUUGGGGAGCGAAAACAGAGAAAUCUUGGCCCAAGCCGUGGGAAUCGUUGCUUGUUUUGACUCGCUUGACGACGCCACUAGAGGGCUCUUGCGUGGCCCGUCCCUGCUCAAAUCGUUGCUCACACUUUUGGGUAGUGAUAAUAAGGAGGCCCGAAUGAGCGCCGCAAUCUUGGUUGAGUAUUUGACCAGGGAUCGAACCUCCGCGAGGGAAAUGGGUUCCAGCGAAGGCCUAAUUGAGGGGCUUAUAAGCGUUGUCCGAGAAGAGUUAGAGGAGAGCGUGAGCGCAGGGUUCGGUGCUCUGUUUAAUUUGUGCGUUGUGGGCAGGAACAGAAUGCGAAUUGCAGAAGCUCCGGAUGCCGUUUGCGCUCUUACUGAUGUUAUCAAUGGCGGCGGUGAUAAGAAAUUGAGGGAGAAAUGUUUGGGUGUUCUUGACGCCUUGUCCACCACCGCCGAAGGGCGCGCCGCCAUUGAUGACCACACUCUUGCUUUGCCGGCUGUGGUGAAGAGCUUGCUUUGUGUUUCUGAGAGUGCUGAUGAAUACUCCGUGGGGAUUCUUUGGAGGAUUUGCUUCAAAUCGGGUGAAGAGAAUGGGUUUAAUGAGGAUCUUUUGACUGGGGCGUUCAAGAAGUUGUUGGUUUUUGUGCAGAUCGAUUCUGCUUCUCCCACCACCAAGGCCAAGGCCAACCAACUCCUCAAACUCUUCUCUCCGAUGCGACAUAGCCACGCCUCUUCCUAAACCUCUUAUUAUUAGUUAUAUCCACAUGUUUUCCAUCUAUUUUUGUGUGUAUACAAAAUAUAAUUUUUUGGAUUUCACAACA